GGGCUGUCAGUAGCCAUUCCAACCUUUUUAGCCCAUUCGCGGGAGAGAAACAGAGGACAACAACACAACACACAAAACACACUCUCCCUCCCCAUUCCUUUCCUCCCUCCCUCCCUCAAAACAGAAGCGCAAAGAAACCGAGUGAGAGAGAGCAGCAGACCAAUUGGCAAUGGUGGCAAAUAUAAAAUGAAAACAAUAGGAUUGAAAAUUUAAAAAUAGUAGGUCCCAGCUCAACAGUUUAAUUCGGCCGCCUGCUUUGUCGUCUCUCUCGUCUCCGUCUUCACCACCGUCGUUCCUUUGCGUUUGACUCUCAAUCUCUCUCUUUCUCUCUCUGCCUUUCUCUUUCUCUAUUUUUUUUGGUGUUUGUACGUUUUCUCUGUCUCUCAGAGUGAUAUCUUUCAUCUCUCUCAGUGUUUGGUCUGAGUUGUCUCUGCUCUCUUAUUUCAGAAAGAGAAGUGUCUCUUCCUUGUUCAGUUAACCCAAAACGAGGAAUCAAUCCGAUAAAACUCAAAAGAGGAGGUACAAAGAACAAACCCAAGCCCAUCAGCACAGAGGGAGAGCCACACAGAAAAAGUCCACUGGUCCUUUGCUUUCUCUCUCAGGAUCAUUGUUGGGUUUUAAGCGUCUCUCUUUCUGGGUUGUGAAUUUUUUGCUGUGUUGAGAGAGCGUCAGAAAAAGAGAUAUUCAUGGCUGGCAGUAAUGAAGUCAACGUCAAUGAAUCCAAGAGGGUCGUUCCGCUUAAUACAUGGGUACUCAUCUCCAAUUUCAAGCUAGCUUACAAUCUCCUGCGCCGGGCUGAUGGAACAUUCAACCGUGAGUUGGCAGAGUUUCUUGACCGCAAAGUCCCUGCCAAUACAAUUCCAGUUGAUGGGGUUUUCUCAUUUGAUCACGUUGAUAGAGGUACCGGGCUCCUUAACCGGGUUUACCUACAGGCCCCUGAAAAUGAGGCUCAAUGGGGGAUUGUGGAUCUUGAGAAACCCUUGAGCACCACCAAGAUUGUCCCAGUCAUAAUUUUCUUCCAUGGUGGUAGCUUCACUCAUUCCUCAGCCAACAGUGCCAUCUAUGAUACAUUCUGUCGCCGUCUUGUUAACACAUGCAAGGCUGUGGUAGUGUCAGUAAAUUAUCGUCGAUCACCCGAAUAUCGAUAUCCUUGUGCAUAUGAUGAUGGCUGGGCAACUCUCAAGUGGGUUAAAUCAAGAACAUGGCUUCAGAGUGGGAAGGACUCAAAGGUUCAUGUUUACCUGGCUGGAGACAGUUCAGGUGGCAACAUUGCUCACCAUGUUGCAGUAAAAGCAGCUGAAGCAGAAGUUGAGGUAUUGGGAAACAUCCUUCUUCACCCCAUGUUUGGUGGGCAAAAGAGAACAGAAUCAGAAAAGAGAUUGGAUGGGAAGUAUUUCGUUACAAUUCAAGACCGCGAUUGGUACUGGCGAGCUUUUCUUCCUGAAGGAGAAGACAGAGACCACCCAGCAUGUAAUAUAUUUGGCCCCAGAGAUAAGAGCCUUGAAGGGCUCAAAUUCCCCAAAAGUCUUGUUGUUGUGGCUGGUUUUGAUCUUGUCCAAGAUUGGCAAUUGGCGUAUGUGGAAGGGCUGAAGAAUUCAGGUCAGGAUGUGAAGCUCCUUUAUCUGAAGCAGGCCACAAUCGGUUUCUACUUCCUGCCAAACAAUGAGCAUUUCUAUUGUCUCAUGGAGGAGAUAAGCAACUUCGUCAAUCCUGACUGUUAAUAAACUCUACUUAACUUUACCUACAGCCAGCCAUACAUAGCAAAAGCUUGACAUUUUACUUGGGUUCCUCCUCCCUCCUUUUGCACUGUCCUAGUGUGUAGUAGUUGUAAGAUUGUCUAGUAUUACUUGUUACUUACUUACUGUGUUUACCAUUUGUUGUGGUAAUUUUAGAGUUCUGCAACUGUCGUCCCCCAGAACUGUUCGAUAUCAUUCUUGCUCUGGGGAUACUAGUCUUGUUCUAGGUCUCUUCAAGUUGCCUGAGAAGGCUGGCGGCCAUUUUCGGCAGCUUGGAAGGAAGGAUCAGAACUCAAAUUGUGGGAUUUGGGAUAACCACCCAACAGAUGUAAAAGCUUUUACCCUGGCUCACUUCUGGCCAUGAUUGAUGAAGGGAAGCGUUGGGGUAAAAUGCUUGGUGGUUGAUCAAUAUGUUGUUUAGUAAAUGGAUUUUAUUGUAAGCACUAAUUUUUCAGAACUUGAACUGUGGAAGGAACAUAUGCUCCUUGUUAUGAACAUAAAUCAAAUGUUAUACUACUUUGUGUUA